ACACACACACACACACACACACACACACACACACCAAGCCCCGGAAGAUGGGGAACUGCCUCAAAUCUCCCACCUCGGAUGACAUCUCCCUGCUGCACGAGUCUCAGUCCGACCGGGCCAGCUUCGGCGAGGGGACGGAGCCGGAUCAGGAGCCGCCGCCGCCAUAUCAGGAACAAGUUCCAGUUCCAGUCUAUCAUCCAACACCCAGCCAGACUCGGCUAGCAACUCAACUGACUGAAGAAGAACAAAUUAGGAUAGCUCAAAGAAUAGGCCUUAUUCAGCAUCUGCCUAAAGGAGUUUAUGACCCUGGAAGAGAUGGAUCAGAAAAAAAGAUCCGAGAGUGUGUGAUCUGUAUGAUGGACUUUGUUUAUGGGGACCCAAUUCGAUUUCUGCCGUGCAUGCACAUCUAUCACCUGGACUGUAUAGAUGACUGGUUGAUGAGAUCCUUCACAUGCCCCUCCUGCAUGGAGCCAGUUGAUGCAGCACUGCUUUCAUCCUAUGAGACUAAUUGAGCCAGGGUCUCUCGUCUGACUUCAAGUGAACCAUCAUUUUGGGUGGUUUUGAUCUUUUGUCACUGAGCCCAAAGAGCCAGGGAUUAGGAAUUAAGAUCAUGCACAAAAAUUUCCUAAAAAAUUCCUGGAUGGCUGCAGAUGUUGAGGAAAGUAUGUGAUAUUUUAGAAACUUAGUGGGGAAAAAGUAGGAUGGUAUUUUUAUGUAAAGCCUUGACCCAGUGUUUAAAAAUAUAAUUGUAUUUAGAUCUUAUUACUCCAGUACAUAGGAAUUGUGUAACGUGUUAAAGCAUCUGUAUAUGUUUAAAUUGUGUGUGUUGAAGAUUAGGAAAAAGAUAGUGGCUAUUUUUCCUAAAUGAAAUAACUUUCUUCUUCCCUCUACCCAAAUUCUUUUCUGAAGUUACUGGCAUUUGGGUCAAGGUUUUAUUAAAAGCUACAUUUUAUAACACUGGCACAAAAAAAAAAGUAGUUUUAAGCUUGUUUGCACAGUUCUUUUUUUCCAUUGGAAAUGGAAUUCAUUGCCUUAGGUCUUUAAAAAUAGUGUAUUAUUAUUGUUGGGGCUGGCUCUAUGCUUGAAAACCAGUUUAUUUAUAACCUGUUGUAAGUGCUAUAUUCUGUUUGCAGUUAGGAAAUGCAGAAUUCAAAGUGAUCUCCUAGCUUGUAAGCAAACCGAGAUGCACUAUCCCUUUUCUAUUAAAAAUGAGUUAAUGUGUCAAGAAACCAACUCUAGCAAAGUGGGUUUAAUAUUACCCUUUCUAUAUGUUCUAUCUAAUUCUUUUGGUUGUUAAUAUGGUGAUAAUUGAAAGUCAAAGUAAAUUUUAAAUAUUAAGAUUUCUGAUUUAUUGAUGAAUUAUGCCACCAUGCUUACGUAAAAAUGAAAGUGGCACCAUGGUGAAACUUAACAAGAAAUAGUUUCUUAGUUGUAACAAUUUUGAUUCUCUUUCCUGUGACUUCCUUCCCUAUAGUCUUGAAACAUAGCAAAAGGAUACUGCAUCUCUUAUUGUAGUGCUGAGGUUAUUGAAGUCAUACAAACACAUCUCUGUGUCUGUUUCUUGGAACGAUAUCUGUUAAGUCCUAGGUGACUGACAAGAACAAAGGUGAAUGUGUUUCAUGUUUUGCACACAACUGCAGAAUUUGUAUAACCACAUGACUUCAUAGUUGUGAUCUCAAAAAAGGAAUUUCUCCUUUGUUUUUUCUUGCAGUUAAUGUAAGAGUACACUAAAUCUCUAAGUUUCUGAAGUAUUAGAAGUAGAGAUGGCCUAGUAAAGAUGUAGUAGUGUGUUUUAUCCAUUUUGCAUGUGUUUAUUUUUCCUUAUGUUCUCAAAAGGUGACUUAUUUGUUUAGCUCAGUGAUGUUAUAACUAAAAAUCAUUAUCAAAAGGAGAAGCAGUCUCCAGAUAACAAGUCAAAUAUUUCUUAUUAUUUUUUAUUGAGUUGAAUUUGUGAUUCUAACAAUUUUCUACAUACAAAACACAAGUGGUGUGAAGGGUCUUCAUGAUUGCAUUGUAGAAUUUAAUAUGUCAUAAUUAAUUUGGCAUUCAACUGUAAUGUCCAUAUGUUAAUUUCCCUGUGAUCCCCAUGAUGGAAAGACUUAAAGAUGAGUUUGAAAAAAAAAAAUUGAAAGAAUUUCAUUUAUCAGGUUCUGUUAAAUUGUUACAUGUAUCUUGCUUAAGUUUCUGUUCAUUAAUUUAUAUUCAUCCAAUUAUAUAAAGCAAAUUUGGAGGAAACA